AUGAAAUCUGACAACUGCUCCAAUAACAUCAGCAUCAGCACCGAGCUGUUCAAUGGUGCGGAGUUCACCGACCUCUCCAAGGACUCUGCGCCGCUACCCAACGGUCCCGUUCAUCCUCCGGUGGACAGACCACCGACGAAAGCCGUGGGCUGGAAGAAGAAAUGCGCCAGCUACGUCCUCGCCCUCCGUCCCUGGAGCUUCAGCGCUUCCCUCACCCCCGUGGCCCUGGGCAGUGCCUUGGCGUACAGGGCCGAAGGCAGGCUUGACUUUAUUGUGCUCUUGGCCUGCGCCGUCGCAGUCCUGGCCGUCCACGGGGCUGGGAAUUUGGUCAACACCUACUACGACUUCACUAAAGGCAUCGACCACAAGAAGAGCGAUGACCGGACUUUAGUGGACCAAAUUCUGGAGCCGCAGGACGUGGUGCGGUUCGGCAUGGUGCUGUACACGCUGGGCUGUGUGUGUGCUGCGUGUCUCUACUUCCUGUCCAAGCUCAAGCUGGAGCAGAUGGCCCUGAUAUAUUUUGGGGGCCUGUCUGGCUCUUUCCUCUACACCGGAGGAAUUGGAUUCAAGUACGUGGCUCUAGGAGACUUGGUGAUCCUCAUCACCUUCGGACCCUUGGCGGUCAUGUUUGCCCACGCAGUCCAGGUCGGGUCCCUGUCAGUCACCCCCUUGCUGUAUGCUGUGCCCCUGGCAUUGAACACAGAGGCCAUCCUUCACAGCAACAACACUCGGGACAUGGAGUCAGACAGACAGGCUGGCAUUGUCACGUUGGCCAUCCUCAUCGGCCCAACCCUUUCCUAUGUGUUAUACAACUUGCUGGUCUUCUUCCCGUAUGUCAUCUUCUGCAUCUUGGCCACCCGUUACACCAUCAGCAUGGCCCUGCCGCUUCUCACCAUCCCGCUGGCUUUUUCCCUGGAGCGCCAGUUCAGGAGCCAGAACUUCACUGGGAUCCCCCAGAAGACAGCCAAGCUCAACCUGUUUGUUGGACUUUUCUACUUGUUCGGUAUUUUGCUCGCACCCCCGGGCUCGCUCCCAAAACUCUAG